AUGAGCUCCAAGGUCAUCGCACGACAUCAGACUGCCACGAAAAAAACUGAAAUUCCGACGUUCGAUGAAUGGAUGGCCACGAGGGAAAGGUUGGAUGGUGAGGAGAUUAUGGAUGGAUCAGAACCAGAAGGAAAAGAGGAAGACCUGCCUGAAGAGGAGGAACUUCUCGCACCGAGGAAGCGCCGCCGGCUCGCCGUUCCUCAUCCAACUCGGAACGCCUCACAAGAACCUCCAGAAGAAUUUAUCCCCCCAUUAGAUGUCAUUGAAGAUGGAUAUCGUGAGGAUCUCGACGAAGAAGGGGAGGGUAACUACCAUGGACCCCAAUAUGAUUUCGAUGUGGACGAAGAAGAUGAAGUUCAGGACAGGCCGCGCAACGAAUCCGAUGAGGAUGAGCAAGACAACGCUGUAGGAGUCCCAGGACAUCAGAGGAUUGAGACUCCAGAACCUGAUGUCGAAGGAAAUGCCCCAGUUCUGAAUCCUUCCCGCAUCGAACACCUCCGUUUUGCCCAGGAAUUCAUACAUGAAGUCUCUUGUGCUACUCUUGAUAAUGGCGGGCUUGACGACUUGACCAUCGACAACCUCAGAUAUCCUGAUGAGGCACCAGUCGACAUUUCAGACCUGGAUACACGCCUCUCGCUCAACAUUUUCUUAUCCUGCAAGAACGCUUCUGAACAGACUUACACAGAUGUUCGUGACUCUAUCUUGAUGCGCUACCCAGACUCAGGAAUGCUCUCCUAUUACGACAUCAAAAAGCUUGUAGCAAAAAUCACUGGUGUCUGUGCUAUCUACGACGAUAUGUGCAUCAAUGGUUGCCACGCUUUCACGGGUCCAUUCGCGGACUUACAGUCAUGCCACGUCUGCUCAGAGCUGCGCUACGACCCCGACGAGUUUGCCUCCUCCGGCAAAAAGAUUCUGCGGCAGCAAGCUUGUACAAUUCCUCUUGGCCCACAACUACAGGCUCUUCGUCGAUCUCCGCAGGGGGCUCGCGCAAUUCGCUAUCGUCACAGAAAGAUCAUGGAAAUAAUCGAGGCAUUCAACACUGCAAAUCCUGAUGAAUUUGUCUAUGAUGAUAUCUUCUCGGGGGAACACGUCCUGGAUUUGUGCGAAACUUUUACCGAAGAUGACACGACAGUUGUUUAUUCUAUUGACGGUGCUCAGCUUUACCAAAACAAGAAGUCUGAUACUUGGAUUGCAAUCUGGAUUGUCAUGGAUAUAGAUCCAAAAACUCGGUACAAAAAGAAACGCUUCAUUCCCACCCUUAUUAUUCCUGGUCCCAACAAACCGAAGAACAUUGACUCAUAUACCUUCCGGAGUUUCCACCACCUUUCAGCGCUGCAGCGUGAGAAUGAUGGCGCUGGCCUUCCGGUCUGGGAUGCGGAGAAGGAGUGUGUAGUUCCCUCGAAGAUUGGCCUGAUUGGUGGGCUUGCAGAUGCCGUUGGACUCACGGAGCUUGAUGGGCGAGUUGGGCAUCAUGGUGCUCAGGGCUGCCGGAUAGGUUGUGAGAUGAUGGGAAUGCAUAAGCCGAACAGCGGGCAUUACUACGCAGUUCAUCUUUCCCCGAUCAACGGAGAUGGCCCCAUGCGACGUGAUUUUGACUUCCGCAGCUCGACAGUUGGCUCCAAGCGAGAUACACCCGAGGAUUAUGCAACAAAAAUUGCAACGCUUGUCGGUUCUGCUAACCAGAAUGAGUAUGAACAGAAUCGAAAGGCAACAGGCUUAAGCAAGCCAUCAAUUAUUUCAGGACUUGAGCCGUCUCUAACAGUCCGUGUUCCUCUAUGCUUUUCUGUCGACCUGAUGCACCUCAUUAUCAAUCUCGGCGAGUUACAUAUGUCCCAUUGGAGAGGGACCAUGACAUUUGACCACACCACAGACAACAAGUUGAUGUGGGAGUGGGCAACUCUCACCGGUAACACAUGGACUCAACAUGGAAAACUUGUGGCAGCUGCGACACAAUAUUUUCCUUCAUCCUUUCAUCGCCCACCCCGGAAUCCCGCUGAGAAAAUCUCGAGUGGAUUUAAGGCAACUGAAUGGUAUUUAUACAUUUUCGGACUAGGCCCUGGAUUUUUCAGGACUUUCCUUCCGAAGAAGUACUGGCAAAAUUUCUGUAAGUUGGUGCAUGGCAUGCGAGGUGUGAUUCAGCGACGCAUUACUGGAAAACAGGUUCGGGAAGCCCAUUCCUUCUUCAUUCAAUUUGUGGAAGAAUAUGAGCUUCUUUAUUACCGACGCCGUAUGGACCGUAUUCACUACUGCCGUCCGUGCAUUCACACACUUCUCCACAUCUGCCCUGAAAUCACACGCAUUGGACCUGGUGCCUAUAUCACUCAAUUUCCUCUAGAGCGUGCAAUCGGAGAUCUAGGCCAAAGCAUCCGACAACCUGCAACACCGUUCGCAAACCUCGCCCAGGUUGCUCUUCGCCAAGCCCAAGCGAAUGCACUCACAGUGCUCUGCCCGGAGCUCGACAAGACUUUGAAACCCUCUCUGCCGCGGCUUUCGUAUGACCUUGGUGAAGGAUCUGUGCUUUUGCGACCGAGAGAUCGCCAUGUAAAGAAACUAACAGGGCCUCACCGAAUAGCUGUCAAUGUUGCACUCAGACAGUCAGCUUUGAGGAAAUGGGGACGGUUGCGGUUGCCAAAUGGCCAAGUCGCGCGAAGCGUGUAUUCAGAAUCACGACGCGGUGGUCCAAAUAAACGUAACACGCGCAACGUUAAGGUCAAAUUCAAUGGGGAAAUUGGAUUCGCAGAAGUACAGUUUUAUUUUUUGGUCGAGAACGCCGAACAGAAACUUGACGCAUACGCGUUGAUAUCACUCUAUGGACCACCGGAUGCAGACAUGCUCGAAGAUUCCUACCACACACUAUGGGCAUGCACAUAUAAUGGUGACAAUAGCCUGGAGGUAAUUCCUGUUUCCGAGAUCAUUUCUGUCGUUUCAAUGCAACCUCUACCUCCAAAGGCGGGGGACCCAGAGAACCUUUGGUAUUUCUCGCAUGGCCAGAGUGACGACGUUGGCAACAGUGUUGACAAAGAACAACAAAAUAUACAUUUGGAAGGACCUCAUAAGGAUUUCGACGAACACCAGCCUUUGGGCAGCUACAACAACACACGCAAUGGAUUCAGCACCAUGACAACAACCGGCCAGCAUGGCCCCGGAAUGUCGAGUGCAGGACCCUCAUCCUACAAUGCUGACAACACUGUCGCAACCGCAACUCAUCACAACCUCCUUGGGUCAGGGAAUCAGGCGUACAGUAGCCUCUAUGAGGCCCACAUUGGACUCAAACACCGUUAUGAGCUUCAAAAGGAACUUGUGUGUGGUCUCAAGGACGAAUUGGCCGCGCUGAGGCAGCAAGUUCUGGAUCAGCCUACAAAGUCUGGAAGCACUAGUGGCUACCACUAUUUAUGA